AAUUUCUUGAAUUAGUAUCACCGCCAAAAUUCAUUUUACAAAAUGUUAUUAGAACACGAUGGAAAAUCCUCCUCGAAUUGGGAUUACAAAUAUGUUGAAGUACAAAAUAAUGAUGAAGAAUUGGGUAAAAGCGAAUCAAAACGAAAUUACAUACAAGAAUAUAUAACGACAGCAAUUUCUGGAUUUGGUAUGCUUAUUUGUGGAAUACAUUUCACUUGGAUUGGUCCAAUACUACCACAAUUAUUGUCGGGUAACUUUAAAAUACAAAUAACCAUGGAACAAUCUGUAUGGGUUAUUGGUUUAGUGCAAGUAGGUGCAAUUCCAGGUUGUAUUAUAGCAUCAAUUGUCGCAAAUGUUUAUGGGAGGAAAAAAGCUAUUUUAUUCGCAACAAUACCAUUUAUCAUUUCAGCAAUAAUAACUACUUUCGCCGAGACAGUUUUACAUUAUUAUAUUGCACGAUUUAUUGGUGGAUUUGGAGUUGGUAUUGCAUAUUCGGUAAUUCCAAUGUAUAUAAGUGAAAUUUCUUCAGCAGAAAUUCGUGGAAUUUUGGGAACUUCGAUUCACUUGUCAUUGAGUGUGGGAGCAUUUAUUUGUUUUGUUUUGGGUGCAUAUUUACCGAUUGUUACAUAUUCCGCAGUUUGUGCAAUUUUCCCAAUUAUUAUGUUAUGUUUCACAUUUUAUUUACCGGAAACACCAUAUUUUCGAGUGGUUAAACAUGAUUAUGAGGAAGCAGAAAAUAUACUAAAAUUCCUUCGGAAAAAAAUUUAUGUCAGAGAUGAAUUAAAGCGUUUGAUUGAAGGUUAUAAAGCAGAAACAGCUGAAAAGAAGCAAUCAUGGUUGGAUCUAUUCAGGGACAACACAAAUCGGAAAUCAGUAAUUAUAAUUACCGCGCUUUUAAUGGCUCAACAAUGGACAGGAGGUAUAGCAAUUUUUUCAUAUUCACAAGUAAUUUUUGUAGAUGGUCAUUCAAGUAUUUCCGCUGAAACAUGUGGAAUAUUUUUAUCGUUUAUGAAUUUUGCCGUUGUGUUUCUUUGUGGAGCAUUAGUUGAUCGAUUAGGACGACGUAUUUUACUCAUGAUUUCUGGAUCAAUUACAAUUUUACCGUUGGUUAUAUUGAGUGGUUAUUUUUAUUUACAAGAUCAUACGAAUUUCGUAUAUAUUGAAAACCUUCGAUUAAUUCCGUUAAUUGCAAUUGUAUUUUUUAAAUUUUCAAUUGGGAUUGGUGUGAGUUCAUUACCGUAUUUAAUUUUGGGAGAAUUAUUUCCAACAAGUGUUAAAGCGCAUGCUGCGUCGGUAAUUUCAAUAAGUGGAUCUGUGGUCGGUGUUGCAGGAAAUAAAAUGUAUCAAGUUUUUCUUCAAGAAUUUGGUUAUUCUGCCACAUUUGUUAUAUUUAUCAUGUGGAUGAUUUUAGCAUUAAUAUUUGUUUAUUUUAUGGUACCAGAAACUAAAGGUUUGACGUUGGAAGAAAUUCAAGUUAAAUUAAGAAAAUCGAAUAAAAAACAAAAUCAAGUUGUUUUGGGAAAAUCACUAACGACGUCAUGCGGUCAAUAAAAAUCGGUUCUGGUCUAUAUGGAAUAACUAGACCAUCAAAAGAGCGUACUAUUUUUUAAUAGAUAGUUUGUCUAUACAUUUGAAUUGUUAUAAAUAACUAUGCCUUCUUAAUAUCAAUUUAUUUAACGUCUGCUAAACUCUUCUUUGAGCCCUAGAACUGCGAUUCUAUUUUAAGCUACCGUUUGUCGCAUGACGAAAGUAUUUUUUCCAAUAUCAAUGGGGUUUAACAUUAGUUUGGUUUCACAUACAAAGGGUUGAGGUUCUGUUAAGAUUGCCUUAAAAUAUGGCAAUUUUAUGAUGAUAUGGCACUGAAUCAAAAUUUUAAGAAUAAAACUAUCGAAUAAUAUUUCGUAAUACCGGAUACCUUAUAGAAAAUCACCGAAAAAUUACAUAUUUCAAUUAUCAUUGAAGGUGUAAAAGUUUUUCCAAAAAGGUCUUUUUUUUCAUUAGGUACAA